AUGUAUUUUAUUUUUAAGGCAGGAAUAGAAAUACAUUGGUGUACCUGCCUUAAUUGGAUUAUUAUUAAUAAUGUUAAUGAAGUUAUACCUUUAGCAAAUUCCGUAAUUGAUAAAAUAAAUAAAUAUACAGAAUCAGAACGUUCUCUAUGUUCAAAAUUGGAAUUAGAAAAUGUGGAGAGUGCAAAAAAAUUAGUUCCAAACGAUCAACUUUUAAAAUAUAAUGGAGUUGUAGAUUUUGAUGGUUUUAAGCCUCAAUUAAAAGGAAAUGUUAAAACAAAAUUUGCUACAUAUCAAAUUGUUUUUAUUACUACACCUGGUGAAGCUAAAUAUGAGGUAACCCUUUUUUAUGAUGGUAAUCAAAUUAAAGUCGAUCUAUCUGCUAUAAGCCAUAUUAAUAAAUACGGGGAUACUCCACAUUGUAUAAUUGAAAAAAAUUAUUUUAUGGCAACUUGGUGUGUUUGUUAUGAUAGAAUCUAG